AUGAGAUCCUUACGAAAGUGCCUGGAUUCCUCGAUAAAUGCAGUUUUCACGUUGGCCGAACCCCUGCCACCCCCGCGUCUACCGCCAAUAAGGAACCCCUGGCUCUUGGAACCUGCGACCGAGCUUGCCAAGCGGAUCGCUCACGGUGAAAUCAAGAGCGUGGACGUGGUAUCAGCAUUCAUCGAACGAAUAACCCAGGUGAACCCUCUCAUCAACGCAGUCGUAGACGAACGAUUCAAGGAAGCCCUCGAAGAAUCGCAACUAGUUGACGAUCUCAUAGCGCGCAGCGAUGAAAGUCAGAGACACGAAAUCCUUCGCAAGAAACCUUUUCUGGGCGUUCCAGUCACCACGAAGAAUCUCGUUGGCGUCAAAGGCAUGCUUAUCGACGUUGGGCUCCUAUGUCGACGAGGGAUCCGUUCUGAGAAGGACGCGGGCGCCAUCGAGAUGAUGCGGAAAGCUGGCGCUAUACCUUUAGCGAUCACGAAUGUGUCCGAAAUGGCCAUGUGGUGGGAGUCUAACAAUAAGGUUCACGGACGCACAAGAAACCCCUACGACCUACGUCGCAACGCUGGAGGCAGCAGCGGCGGCGAGGGAAGUCUCCUAGCAUCAGCGGGCAGCGUCAUUGGGGUCGGAACCGACAUCGGAGGCAGUAUAAGAAUGCCGGCAUUCUUCAACGGGAUUUACGGACAUAAACCCUCCCCACAUAUCGUUUCCAACAGCGGACAGUAUCCUGAAAUCGUUGACGUUCAGACCGAGUUCCUCGGUACAGGACCCAUGUGCCGGUAUGCGAAAGAUCUGCGACCGAUGAUGAUCGCGCUCGCUGGCGAGGAAAACUCUAAACUUCUGAAGCUUGAAGAGAAGGUCGACCUGCGCGAAAUUCAGCUGUACUUUAUGCGCGAGAUCAAGGACCGUAGUUUUCUAAUGUCUCCAGUGAGCAGCGAGGUCCGCCGCGCCCUGCAAGACGUUGUUGAUCAUCUUUCGAAGCUUUCGUCAAGACCGGCCGAAGAGAAAUACUUCGCCUCGAUGUCCUACGCGUUUGAAAUUUGGAAUAAUCUCAUGAUGUCCGGUGACUGUCCGAGGUUCAUCGACGUCCUGAAGGAGAGCGGUUCCUCGAUAGGCAAUCCCGUUAUGGAAAUGCUGAAAUGGGGAACUGGACAAUCGAAGCAUACGUUACCGGCCGUUUGCCUUGCCGUCGGUGAAAGGUUCUACCCGUCGAAGGAGUCGGAGACAAGUCGACGCUACGUCGAGAUGGGCAUCAAGCUUCAAGAAGAGUUCCACAACCUCCUGGACAACCAUGAUGCGGUCUUCCUCUGUCCAACGCACCCGGAACCGGCGCCGAAACAUAGAACUCCGAUUUUCAAGGGCUUCAAUUUUUCGUACACCGGAAUUUUCAAUGUGCUCAAAGUGCCAGUGACGGCGUGCCACGUGCGUCUCGGGGAGAGCUCGGGGCUACCUGUGGGUAUCCAGAUCGUAGCGGGCCGGAACCAGGAUCGGCUGUGUCUCGCAGUGGCCGAGGAAAUAGAGCGCACUUUCGGAGGAUGGCAAGACCCGAGCGGCAAAUCCUAAAGCAUUUUGGUCGUUUGCUGGAGAGUUGCCACUCGAUUCCGAAUCGGAGCCCAAUUAUGUAGAUCCUAGAUGGAAAAUAACUUUUCCUACUUUAAAUGUUACGACUGCCGUGCUUACGAGUCUUUCGCCGGGUUGAUCGGCUUCGGGAGCUUCUUCCUUCGGGCUCUCCGAACUCCGACCCCGCCGUAAGAUACCACACAGACCUGUGACUCCGUGAAACGAUUCGGUCGGCGGCGACCUGAGGAUUCUGCUUCGACCCUUGUCCGUGAGUGAACGAGAUCAUUGGGUGUUCGAGUGAAGUCGCGGCCGAAGAUUUCGAACCGGAGACCUUCUUGACGGUUUCACGUCAUUGCC